CUGCUCGGCCGCCUCCUGCCCGCGCGCGGCGCGGAGCCGCGGGCCCAGACCAUGUCGCCUGAAGAAUGGACAUAUCUGGUGGUUCUUCUUAUCUCCAUCCCCAUCGGCUUCCUCUUUAAGAAAGCUGGACCCGGCUUGAAGAGAUGGGGGGCAGCAGCUGUGGGCCUGGGGCUCACCUUAUUCACCUGUGGCCCCCACACCUUACAUUCUCUGAUCACCAUCCUUGGGACCUGGGCACUCAUUCAGGCCCAGCCCUGCUCCUGCCAUGCCCUGGCCCUGGCCUGGACCUUCUCCUACCUCCUGUUCUUCCGCGCGCUCAGUCUGCUGGGCCUGCCCACUCCCACGCCCUUCACCAAUGCCGUCCAGCUGCUGCUGACACUGAAGCUGGUGAGCCUGGCCAGUGAAGUCCAGGACCUGCAUCUGGCCCAGCGGAAGGAGCUGGCCACUGGCUUCAGCAAGGGGCCCAGCCUGGGGCUGCUGCCGGACGUGCCCUCUCUGAUGGAGACGCUCAGCUACAGCUACUGCUACGUGGGAAUCAUGACCGGCCCGUUCUUCCGCUACCGCACCUACCUGGACUGGCUGGAGCAGCCCUUCCCCGGGGCCGUGCCCAGCCUGCGGCCUCUGCUGCGCCGCGCCUGGCGCCCGCUCUUUGGCCUGCUCUUCCUGCUGUCCUCCCACCUCUUCCCACUGGAGGCCGUGCGUGAGGACGCCUUCUACGCCCGCCCGCUGCCCGCCCGCCUCUUCUACAUGAUACCCGUCUUCUUCGCCUUCCGCAUGCGCUUCUACGUGGCCUGGAUUGCCGCCGAGUGCGGCUGCAUUGCCGCCGGCUUCGGGGCCUACCCCGUGGCCGCCAAAGCCCGGGCCGGGGGCGGCCCCACCCUCCAAUGCCCACCCCCCAGCAGUCCGGAGAAGGCGGCCUCCUUGGAGUACGACUAUGAGACCAUCCGCAACAUCGACUGCUACGGCACGGACUUCUGCGUGCGGGUGCGGGAUGGCAUGCGGUACUGGAACAUGACGGUGCAGUGGUGGCUGGCACAGUACAUCUACAAGAGCGCGCCUGCUCGCUCUUACGUCUUCAGGAGUGCCUGGACCAUGCUGCUGAGCGCCUACUGGCACGGCCUCCACCCUGGCUACUACCUAAGCUUCCUGACCAUCCCGCUGUGCCUGGCCGCCGAGGGCAGGUUGGAGUCGGCCCUGCGGGGGCGGCUUAACCCCGAGGGCCAGAAGGCUUGGGACUGGGCGCACUGGUUCCUGAAGAUGCGGGCCUACGACUACAUGUGCAUGGGCUUCGUGCUGCUCUCGCUGCGCGACACGCUGCGGUACUGGGCCUCCAUCUACUUCUGCAUCCACGUCCUGGCCCUGGCUGCGCUGGUGCUGGGGCUGGCUCUGGGUGGAGGAAGCCCCAGCCGUCGGAAGCCGGCCUCCCAGGCCGCUGCUGGCCUCGCGCCGGAAAAGCUCCGGGAGGAAUAAGCUGCCAUCCUGCCCCUUCUGCCUGCGGCCCAGCCACCAAGCUUUUGCCUGGGAAUUCUGUGAACCAGGCUGCCGCCUCCUUUGCCAGAAAGAACCCUCAUUUGACUUGGGGCCUGGAGAGGAUUCCCACUUCCCCAGCACAACCCUGGCCUCCCAUAAAGCACAGGUCUGGGUAGGGGGACAACCCCCUGCUACCUCACCUCUGGCCCGGUCUCCAGAAGGGCAGUUUCCCGCCCGUAAAGUGAAGCUGUCCAGACAGGAGUGUGCCCGGGUCCCUGUGCCUGUGUCCAGAUUUUCAGAGCGUGCUGCCCUUCCCACGUGGUUUCAGGGACCAAUUCCCUUUGGGCCAUGGUGUGGGAACGUAGCUUCAGGACACGUUCUGGGAGUGGGAAGUGCCUUUCUCGCAGCUCUUGCUCCUCCUCAGCCAACCAGUAUUUCAGAGCUGGGAGGGGUCUAAGCUUCCCUUCCACGUGGGGGAAACACGGGCGCUGAUGAGCAGGCCUUGGGCCCUCUGAUCCUACGGGUUGCAUCAGCUACCACGGGGUCCCACCGCUCCUGCCACCCUUGUCAUCCUCUGGCCUAAGACAGGCUCGGAAUUCAACAGUCUCCCCCAAUAAAGUGUCACACAAAGAUGCUGUGUCCGAGUGUCU